AUGGAAGAUCUUUUCCCUGAAAUAAGGAUUAUUCCCUCUUGUAAAGCUUCAGGUUCGGGCAUCAGCAAAUCAGCGCAGAUCGAGAAAGACAAGAUUUGGAAGGUCGCUGAUAAGCAACCUAAAUCCUUUGUGGAGGCGGUGAACAAUGUUUGCGACAUCCCGAUUAGUCAAUUUCCUACACCUUGUUUGAAGGGAGAUAGGUUGGCAAUUGUAAUUCCAAAGGAUGAAUAUCAGAAGGGAGUGGAAGCGUGUAAGCACAAUCUUCAUGGAAGGGUAAUCUGGACUAAAGGUUCUAAGCCUCUUACGGUCCAAAACUUGAAGGAGAAGGAGAAGUUGCUUGGUCUGUGGAAAUCUUUAGGAAAGUGGGGUUUGACAUCUCUGGGUAAAGGAUAUUUUGAAUUUUCUUUUUCCAGUUUGGAAGAUGUUCGCAAAGUUAGGUCCAUAUCUUCGUGGAAUCUUAACCCAGGAAUCCUAAAGCUUUUCACAUGGAGCAAAGACUUCAACCCUGCUAUGCUCAAGCAGUCUUCAGCUCAGGUAUGGGUUUGCAUCCAUGGCUUGGCUCAGGAGUAUUGGAGGCCAAAAAUAGUCUUCGCUAUAGCUAGUAGUGUAGGGACGCCUUUAUGCACAGAUUCUGCCUCUAAUAGCAGUUGUUUUGAGAGACCUUUUGGUCACUUUGUCAGGGUUCUGGUGGAUAUGGAUCUGACUAAGGAAUUGAGAUAUAAGGUGCUUGUAGAAAGACAGGGGUUUGCCUUUUUUGUUGAGCUAGAAUAUGAAAAGUUACCAGAAUUUUGUAAUCAUUGCAUUUGUAUUGGGCACAACACGAGUAAAUGCAAAAGAAAAGAGACAAUCGCAGGGGUUGAGGGCGGUAAGCAUUUCAACAAGGUAACUGAAAAAGUUGUUACGCAGGUGAGAAACUCUGAGGCCUCACCUUCUGUAGGUGUGGAAGUUGUGGUUCCUACAGAAGAAAAUAAGGAUGAUGAGCAUGCUUCGGAUAACCCGAUCCAUACGGUGGCGGUUGUUGAGGCGGAUCCCAUAAUUGAUUCAGGGUUGAGAAGGAGUGGCAAAGAACCUCUAGAAAAUUUUAUUGAGGGACGAGACGAUGAAAACUCUGAAGAGGAUUCUAGCUUUAUUGAUGCUACUCAAGAUAACUUUGAGGCAGCGGUCCCAGAUACCAAUAAUUUGCAAAUUAAUAAAGAUCUAGAGUUUUUGAACUCAUCUUGGGCUAAUAUGGUGGAAACUGAAUAG